UGCGCGCUGCGUUCGCUCCCCGCCGCGGAGCCGCCGCGCCGCCGGAGCCGGGAUGUGACUUGCGGAGGGCUGGCGGACAGAGCUGCCCCGCCGCCCUCGGCCGCAGCGGACAGCGGACAGAAAAAUGAAAACCUACCCAGCCAUUGGUUUCUUGCUGCUGUUGGUGAUCAGCUAUGGCUCCUCAGAGAACUCCAGCACGCCGCGGGGCUGCGGGCUGGACCUCCUGCCCCAGUACGUGUACCUGUGUGACCUGGACGCCAUCUGGGGCAUCGUGCUGGAGGCCGUGGCGGGGGCAGGUGUGCUCACCACGCUGCUGCUGAUGCUGAUCCUGCUGGUGAGGCUGCCCUUCAUCAAGGACAAAGAGAAGAAGAGCCCCCUGGGAAUGCACUUCCUCUUUCUCUUCGGCACUCUGGGACUGUUUGGGCUGACGUUCGCGUUCAUCAUCCAGGAAGAUGAGAUGGUGUGCUCCACCCGAAGGUUUCUCUGGGGAGUUAUCUUUGCUUUGUGCUUCUCCUGCUUGCUCGCCCAGGCCUGGAGGCUCCGCAGGCUCGUCCGCCACGGCAAGAGCCCGUCGGGGUGGCACCUGGCCGGGGUGGCCAUGUGCCUGAUGCUGGUGCAGGUCAUCAUCGCGACCGAGUGGCUGGUCCUGACCGUGGUCAGGGAGAACAAGCUGGCCUGCAGCUACGAGCCCAUGGAUUUUGUGAUGGCCUCCAUUUAUGUCAUGUUCCUGAUGGUAUUUACCCUGGGAUUCUCCUUUUUCACGCUCUGUGGGAAGUUUAAGAAAUGGAAGAAAAACGGAGUUUGCCUCAUUAUAACGCUUUUCUUUUCCAUUCUGAUCUGGGUGGCCUGGAUGACUAUGUACCUGUUCGGGAACGCUGAGCUCCAGAGAAGGGACAAAUGGAGUGAUCCCACUCUGGCUAUUGCACUGGUGUCCAGUGGCUGGGUGUUUGUUAUUUUUCAUGCCAUCCCAGAGGUCCACUGUACCAUCCUUCCAUCACAGCAGGAAAACACGCCCAAUUAUUUUGAUACUUCACAGCCAAGGAUGCGUGAAACCGCUUUUGAGGAAGAUAUUCAGCUUCCCAGGAGCUACAUGGAAAAUAAAGCCUUUUCAAUGGAUGAACAUAAUGCAGCGCUGAGGACGGCAGGAUUUCGGAACGGCAGCUUGGGCAGCCGGCCCAGUGCUCCUUUUAGAAGCAAUGUUUAUCAGCCAACUGAGAUGGCAGUUGUGCUAAAUGGUGGGACUAUACCAACUGCUCCGCCAAGUUACACUGGACGACAUCUCUGGUGAAAGGCUGUAGGCUGUAGAGAAUAAGAAUCCUUGUUGCAGAUGU